UAAAGCAAAGAGUAUAAGCCAAAACCACUCUCGUGGCCUUGUCAGUAGUCAGGGCUCAUUCUAAGAUGGGUCAGCUUCUUGUCCAUGUAUCAGACCACCCCUUUUUAUGUCCAACCACACCCCCUCACUACCCCCUUUCAUACAAUCCCCUUUCACAUUAUCUCCCUCCACUCUCCUCUUCCUCCCCUCCCCCCCCCCACCUUCCUGCUAACCUACGCCUCAAAGGUAUCAAACUAUCACUACCCUUUAUGGAGAAGACAGAGAAGGAGACUCAUGACUUCAUGAACGUCGAAUCCUUCUCUCAGUUGCCCUUCAUUCGCCCUGCACCAGUCAAGGAAAAGGGCAUUCGACUCUUCGGAAAAGAAUUCGGCGGUGACAACGGAAUCACCGAUGAGUCCGAGUCUGUCGAGACUAAUGCUUGCGAAGAAGUGAAGGAAAAUGACAAUGGAGAGAGUAGUCGAAAAUUCGAAUGCCAUUACUGUUGCAGGAACUUCCCUACUUCUCAAGCUUUAGGAGGACAUCAAAACGCACACAAGAGGGAGCGCCAGCACGCGAAACGCGCUCACCUUCAGUCUGCCAUGGUUCACGGUGGCUUCUCCGAUGCACACAUUUACGGGUACGCCAAUUAUCAUCGCCUUGCUUCGGCGGCACCAACACCAGCAAUGGCGUAUCACUCAUGGAGCAAUAACAGCAGUACUUACCCGACUAACACCACGAGGUUCUAUGGAACCAAUGGCUCAUACUCUCAACCACCAAUUAACGGGAGCCCUUUGGCCUUAUGGAGAAUCCCAACUGUCCAAAGGUCUCCAACUUUCAGUCGGGACCGUACUGUGCAUCCAUUUCCGGUAUAUGUUAACGAUGACUCGAGGCCAUCCACGAUUGGUAGCUCUAGUUCUCAGAGCCGUUAUGUGUGUGAAUCGAAGCCAAGCGUGCAAGAUAAAGUGAGUUUGGAUCUUCAUCUGUAAUAAUUUGACAGUUUUUUUUUUUUUUUGGAAUAACAGAACUUAUAUUCUCUUUCUUAAGGCUCCGAUCCUAUGUUAAGAGCACAAUCAUCUCUGUUCCGUAAUUAAGAACAUUCCAGUUUUAGUACAAUUAUUAUGUAAAUGAAAUGAUGGACUGUAGUCCCAUAAAAAUAUUAGUUAGCAAUAUUAUGUGCAAUCUGCC